UCAUUUCAGUUGAGUUCUGUUUCGGUUCGGUUCGGUUUAGUUCCGUUUUCUAAGAUUUCGAUUUUUUAUUUCAGUUAUUUAUUUUUACUAAAGAAAUAUUCAGUAUAAUAUAUACACUUUAAGCCUCAAAUAUUUAAUCGAAUAAAUUUACUAAAUUUCCCGUGGAUUGUGUGCUUUUUAACGACAAUGAUGAUGACGACGAUCUGUGGGAUUAACUCGCCCUGGAACUGAACGAUGGAUCUAGCAGAUCAAAUCGAUGACUAUAUCUGUUCGUUCGAGGGACUUGGUGACUUAACAAUGGACUCGCUGGCCAUCUUCAUUUUCCUGUGGGCCGUUCUGGCCCUCUUCUCCGUUUGGCUGAUCAAGCUGCUCUACCACAAGUAUCUCAACAAGGACAAGGCCUCCAGUGCGGCCAACAGUCGCCAGACGAGCGUGGCCCCCACCUCCGGAUCGCCUUCAUCCAUCGCCGGCAAGACGGAGAAGCGUCUCUCGGAACCGCGCGACUUACUGGCCACCAAGAGCAAGGUUGAGGAUCUAUCCAAACCCCUGACCGGUGGAUCUGGGGGACGAGGACGCUCCUCGGCUUCGCCACUGAAUUCUGGAGGGGCUGCUGCUGGAGGACCUCGUCGUCGAGUGGUUCGUCAGAGUUCCACGGGACCAGAAAACCGAAAGAAGCGAUAUGUGGCACCACCUUCGAAUGUCGUUGGUCCAGAAACAAGCUCCGUCACCUGGACCAGCCAGGUGUUCCGCUGGCUCUAUAGCGACCUGGUCAUCGUGAACGAGCUGCUGAUGUCCUGGGUAAUUGCCAUCAACGACACGCUGCGCAAAUCCGUGGAGGAGCAUGGAGUGGCCGUCGAAGUGGUUCGAGUGCUGCCCGACAGCCCUGCCCCCGAGUUGAAAAACAUAUUCUGUAAUUGCGAUGAGAACAAUCCCGCUGAUAUGCUCAUCACCUUUGAUUGCGAGGCGAUGCCGGUGCUGCAGGUCAAGACCUUCCGCCAGAAGGCUGGAAAGGUGGAGACCUCCCACUACAAGGUCACCGUGUCUAGGUUCCGCGCCCGCAUGGCGAUUCCCAUGAACUACAACUCCCUCAAGGGUGAGAUGCGAGUCGAGGGCUAUCCAGAUGUUCGCAUUGCGAUGAACAGCGUGGGCGCCAUCAAGGCGAUGGACCAGGACGAACAGCAGCUGCAGACGGUGAUCAGCGACAUCCUGUCGACGGCUCUCCGCGACACCGUCUACCCGGUGGACUUCUCCAUCUACUCCACCUGCCCGAGGGCGGAGGUGGAGCCACUGGACCUGCCCGUAAUCUAUCCCGUUCACUAUGACUCGCUGGCGCACAACAUGGAGCACCACAUGGGCGCACUGGGACUGAGGGAGUCACAGCACAUGGUUUCCGGCCGCCGGCUGCUGGUGAAGAUCGUCAAGGGCGAGGGUAUCAGGGAUGCCCACGAUCCCUACGUGGUCAUCGAAAUGGACGAGCCGGCACAGAAGAACCAGACGGGCACCCAGCGGGGCAGCAAACCCUUCUGGGAUGAGCACUUCCUCUUUGAACUCUCCCCCCAAUCGGCCGAAAUCCUGUUCGAGGUGUACGACCAUCCGGUGAUUGCCUCGGAUCCGCCCAAGUUCCUGGGCCUCGGCCUGGUUGGAAUCGAUGAGCUGGCCGUGGGACCCGCCUCCACUCAGCUGCUCCAGUUACAGCCACGUCCCUAUGAGACGCAACCCGUUUCGGGAGCCAUCACCGUGGACUUUGUGUUCAUCGAGGGCGCCGAGAUCCCGGUGAAUGCCCGGCCGCAGCGUCUGAAGGAGGCACUGCGUCUCAGCACGCCGGCCAUCAACGAGCACAUCAGGAACGGAGCGGACUUGGCGGAUGCAGCCGUGAGAGCUCUGCAGGAUGGAGCGCUCUCGACCACCGGAAGUGGUGGUCAGCCCAGCAAGAGCACUCUGAUCAUCCACAGUGUUCAGCGAAAUUCGAGCAGCCCGAAUGCAUUUAAGGUUGAGGUGAACAAGGAGGGUCACAUCGAGGUGACCGAGGCUCCAACGGAACUGGACCAGGCCGUGGCCCAGGCCUUCGAGCGGGCCAAGAGCGAGCUCGAGCUGGAGGAGAAGGCCAAGGAGGAGAAGGCCUCCAUUCAGCUGGGCGAAGCCCUCAACGAUUCAGGUAACGGCACCGUCAACGAGGAAAGUACCGCCGAGUUUGGUCAACCGAAUGCCGCUUCUUCGCCCAAUGGCAGUGGUUAUCACAACAACUACAGUUUGAAUGGCACUGGCAACACGAAUGGCGCCGGAUCGGGUGGAUAUAACAGCCUGCCGAGGAAUGGGGGCGCCUCCCAGUUGGGCCAGCAUUCGGUGGGAUUAAUCGAGGGCCAUGACGUCGUCGACGAACGCGGACGGAGCAAAAAACGUAAUUUCUUUGGCACCCUCAAGAAGCGGCUAAGUCGCUCGAAAACACGAACCCUAUCGGCCGAUCAGCCCAAUAAUAACAGUCAUAAGUCACUAUCAGCCACCAACUCGAAUACAACAGCAACAGGCACCGGAUUCUCGCGAACAGCCACCGGAACCCUCAAUGAAUCCUCGGCCAUCUCAGGCUUCUCCUCGGCCAGCAACAAAACCUAUGUGCACGAGGCAUCCACCUUGGUGCUGGAGACCAUCGAGAACGGCGUGAAGCGCCACUUUAUUGUGCCUUUGGCCAUCGCCCAGAGACCGCGUUGGCGUCGCAAGGGCACCAAGCUGCACAUCUACAACGAUCACACCUUCAUCGCCAAGCACUUGAGCGGAAGCGGUCUGCAGUGCUCCAUUUGCAUGAAGUCCAUCCCCCGGAGGCCAGGAAAACAGGGCUACGAGUGCCGAGACUGCCAGCUGAUCUGUCACAAGCAGUGCCACAUACGGGCACCCCAGGCAUGUCCCAAUCCCACGGUGCUCUCCAUGGAACUAACCAAACUUAACUCAGCUGCGGCAGACCGCAGUAUACGGAAGCUGUGAGAGGGGAACUCCCCGCGAAUCCCAUCGGAUCCAUCCAGCCGAGAAAUCGAGAAACCGGAAACCUUAAUCGAAUUAAUAUCCUAGCUAGAUUAUACGAAGGAGCUGUGCAUACUAUCUUCACCUGCUAUGGAAAUCCUCAAAAUAUUACGUUAUUUAUUUAUACACUCACGCGAACACAAAACACAUGUGCAAUAAGUUCUUUGGAUUCGUUUUAAACUCCCUACCAACGUGCUCGAGCCCUUUGAUAUUUUGUAUUUUCUACAACACGAAUAAUAAUUGUACAAAAUAAAAGCGAACUAGGGUUUUCUUGUUUUUUAUCAAAUAAAAGGUAAAACAGAAA